AACCUUUUAAACAAUCGAAGCCCUUCAGAAUCUAAACCUUCAACGUGAAUAUUCAAAUGCACGUGUCCUAGUUCUUUGUACUGAGUUCUAAGAAAACAUAUUGGAUUCGAGUGUUAGAUAGAUCAUUCGGUAUCGUGUUUUUUUUUCGCCACGUUGAAUAUUCGUAUUUUCUGUUUUUCAUUUUUCCUUCUCCAUCUCCAACUUGUUUUUCCUCCCUAGACAAGAACACACUUUCCAGAAGAUAAAAUCUUAUCAUGUACAAUCUCCUCAAUUCAUUUCUGUUUUAUUUCUUCCUCUUUUCCUUAUUUCACCAUCUUCCUUGUGCUCUAAGUCAACAAGAUCAUACGUUAUGUGAGACUAUGUUUCACUGUGGGAACAUCACAGCUGGUUUCCCCUUCUCAGGUGGGAGCCGUCACGAAAGUUGCGGUCAUUCAUUGCUCAAGCUUCGCUGCAGCAAAAACACAACGUCUUUAAUCAUCUCAAACCAUCCGUACGAGGUUCUCCACAUAGAUGAAGCAUCUAAAACUCUUAGACUUGCCAUAGCAGAUCUUCGAGAUUCCUUUUGCAACGCUACAUUCGCAGAUGCAACCUUGCCUCCCGAAAUAUUUGAGCUUUCGCAGAUGUACAAGAACCUCACUGUUUUCCACCACUGCAACUCUAAGCUUCCUUACCGUUCGAGUUAUACAUGUCCUGGUAUAGGUCCUAUCGUAGUGUCUGAAACCCGUGACCGUGAUUUUCAUGACUCCUGCGGUGAAUGUUUCACAGUUAUCGUUCCUAAGAGCUUUGUUCCGGAAGAGAAAGAGUUGAACAUGACUAAUUUGGAAAGUGUUUUAAGUAAAGGAUUUGAGGUGAAGGUGAAGAUUGAUGAGAAAGCGUGUCAAGAAUGUUCAUCCAAUCAUGGAACCCAUCAACCUAGUGGUAUGUUUCUUAUAUAACCUCAUCGUUUCAUAGUCAUCUCCUUUAUUAAUUAUAUUGAAGUGGUUCCUUUAGUUCUACUCUUAUACAUGGCCGGAUCUGAAAUUUUGAAAACCAUAAACCGAAUUUUAUAAAAAAAAACUUUUUUAAAAACAAUUAGGAGGCCUUUAACUACAUAUAUUUUCUUUUCGAAUUUUGGGUACCAAGCCAAUGUUUCAUCUUUUUGUU